UCAGCCAAGGAACUAUCAAAUGCAUGGGGUUGGAUCCUGUUACAGCCGCCAGGCACAGAAUGUCGGCAGCACCCUCUCCGACAUGAAUGCGCCGCACGGCUGCCUAACUCACCAAAUGAACCAAAAAGCUGAGGGAAAUAUAUUAGUGAUGUUCCGAGCGGUGUGAUUGACGCCAGGGGAACACCUUGAAAGUCUGUGCUUCGGUGCUGCAGCAGCACCUGAGUCACGAGAGUUUCCGUUUGCGAGUGACACUGGGGGUGGGCCUUAUGGGAUAACCGUCUUUUUUGCCUUUGAACUGCCCUCUCGCCUGACAGCAUCCUGUUCCUAUCUUCGACCUACGCAUCGAUUUUGCAGCCAACCAAAGAGUUGCACUGGGAGUCCGUGCCGCAGGGAGCCGGAAGCUGCGUCCUGUCGUCUUGCUUGGGUUACCGCUCCCACCCCGUUUGGUGCACCAUGCCAUCCACCAUGGCCAAACCAGCUUUUUUGUAGGAGUUGAAUUAGUGCUCGUAGUUUUGUGGCGAUGGCAUGGUAGGAGAUGGACUUCAUUGCUGCUGUGCGGUGCAAUCCCUGCGUUCUAAGAUACUGUGGAUGAUUGUCUCCUGUCGGGUAUGAAUCAGUUUUAGUGGCAUUUUGGUUCCAGCAUUGCUUAGGGCAUUGGGUUGGGUGUGAGUUUUCUCUUGCUCACUAGUGAUGCAAUCAAAUGCGAAGGGUUGAGCCAGUGUUCGUUGAAUAAGCCGCAACGGUGUGGAUAGUUUUAGGGUCUGUUGUCCUCUGGUUUGCUUAGUUGAGUGGAGGAAUUCAGUAUUUAGUUUCAGGGCAUCCGGGACAUUGUGUGUUGUUUGUUUGGUUUCAGUAGCAAGAAAUUGAGUGAGUAGUGUGAGCAUCGAUAAGACUUGUAGUAAUGCUCAUUACGCAGUAUUUUGUGUUUUUUCUUUAUAUAUUUAUUUGGGGUGCGCUCUUAAAUUUCGCAUGCUCAGUUGUUUAGGCAGUUUUGGCAAUUUUGUUCAUUGGUAGGCUGUAGGUAAUCCCUCUGAAGAAUCAUUGUCUUAUUGAGUUCUUCCAAGCGGCGGAGGGCCUGAUAUCAUGAUCGACAUUUGGAAAAGUAAAUGCAAUUGCAGUGAACACUGAACCCUCGGAUUGGGGGGAGGCUGCAAAACAAUCUGACUAAUAUCCAAGAAAUGGGGAAGGUACAACGCGCUGCGGCAGAGAGAAAGAGGGACAGGGUGAAGCCGGUCACUGCACAAGUGGUGAACUGUGAAGCAAAUUCUUCAGUUGGGCAUGAAUCACCCAGGUUGCCGCUCGUGGUUGCUCUCAACUGUCUACCAGAUUGCUCUAUGGAAUCGGAGGCACUCAAAGGAGUGGUAAAGAUCGAGCAUGUGAACCUGGCGCAGAUAGCAGAGGGUAAGAUCGAGGCAGCAGCAGCUGUUCUGCUUCAUUCCUUAGCCUAUCUUCCUCGAGCAGCGCAGAGGCGAUUGCAGCCAUGGCAAUUGAUUCUGACUUUGAGCUGCGUAGACAAGAUGGUGGAUUCUGCCUUGGCAAAUGAACUAGGGUUGCAAUUACUGCAUGUGGACAGUGGUAGAGCAGAGGAGAUUGCCGAUACAGUGAUGGCCUUGCUGCUGGGACUCCUGAGGCACACACACGUAUUGGCCUCUCACGGGUAUGCGUCUGUAGGAUGGCUGGGUACCAUGCACUCCUCGUGUAGAGGAAUGCGUCGCUCCAAGGGAAUGGUCAUCGGCAUUGUGGGUGCCACCGGUUCUGGACGUGCAGUUGCAAGCCGAAGUCUUGCAUUUAGAAUGAAGGUCCUGUAUUUUGAUCCUGAUGAGGGGAAAGAGAUCCAGCGCAAGAGGGCAUUCCCUGCAGGGACCUACAAAGUAAACAGUUUGAAGGAGCUGCUCUCCUCUAGUGACAUUGUCUCACUUCAUUGUGCACUUACCAAUGACACUGUACAGCUGCUCAAUGCUGACAGUCUACAGCAUAUCAAACGAGGUGCGGUAGUGGUGAACACAAGCAGCAGUCACCUGCUGGAUGACUGUGCGAUGAAGGAAGCGCUCAUCAAUGGCACUGUUGCUAGCUGUGCCCUCGACGGCAUCGAAGGCCCACAGUGGCUCGAAGCUUGGGUGAGGGAGAUGCCAAACGUCUUGAUUCUUCCUCGCAGUGCUGACUACAGCGAGGAAGUGUGGGCCGAGAUACGGUCCAAGGCCAUCUCUGUGCUGUACUCGUUCUUUGUAGAUGGAGUUAUUCCUCCAAACAUAGCAGCAAACGAUGAUGAUGACGACGAUGAUGACGAUGGUGAUGAUAAGCAGAUCCAAGGUUUGACCUGGCACGAGGAAGAAAAUAAACAUAACAAGUCUGAGAAAAAUAAGCAAUCCAAACGAAGUGCAACAGAUUCAAACCAAGGAACUACCAACCAAAAAGGAUCGGCUCAAGAGUUUCGGAGCAAACAGCAGCAACUAUACUAUCAGGCCUGAAAAAAAUAUUUCUUCCUUCACACUGAACUUUGUAAGUCAGCUAUCCUCCGUCUCAAUCCAUGGUUCAGUUGCAGAAACUGCCGAUUUAUCAAUUCUUGUGGGUUCUCCAUCAACAGCCUCGGGAGCCAGCAAGAGAGGACGGCAUGACAAUUCUCUUUGCUAAAGCCACAAUUUCAUGUAUACUUAGCUAAUGUCCGACAGUAGUGAGUCAUGUGUAGGUAUGGCUCAGGCUUGCAAAAUGGUUUCACUGAGCAAAAUUUUGAUACCAGCAACUUCAAAGUGUUAUUUACAUCACGUAAUAUAGGUGAAGGAUCAUUCUUUCAUGUUUGAUUGCUUCUUGUGAGUCUUCAGUGAGCCGGUUUUGUGAGGCUGCUCUAUAUUUGCAGCUUGAUAGCAGGGUAGCUUUUGAUAUGGAAGAGGUCUAUACUUGGAGGAACUGUAGCCGUACAUACUUGCCUGUACUAUUGGUGCCACUCGUGAUGAUGCCACAGGAAUUGUGCACAUGUCGUGCAAAUCCAAGGUUAUAAUGUACCUAUUUUACAUGUUUCAAAUUGUCAUGUUGAACACUAUCAUGAAUAUUAAUUUUGAGUUUUUUAUUUUGAAUA